AUGGGGAAGAGCGAGGCUACGCCGACGGCGACGAAGGGGGAAGGGGAGAAGGUGAUGGUGCUGACGAUGCUCGAGGUGGAUCCCGCCACCGAGGACCCUGACCUCCUCGACGCCAUCAGGAAGAAGAACAGUGCUGCCCUGACCUCCAUUCUUGAUCCCCGUGGCGACCUCUCCGCCAAAGACAGUUCAAAUGCAGCUGCUGCUGUUUGGUAUUUCGUCAUGAAUGGCCACCACAUAACUGGCAAUUUGAACCUGCUGACGGACCUCACGCCUGUGUGUGACCGUUGGGUCCGUUCUCUCAUUGGAACAGGGCCGCCCAUGCAAGUCUGCGCACGGGGAUCUGUGAACUGCAAUGGGAUCAAGCUCGAUGACGUAUGGUAUGUUCCCGGGGUCACGGUGAACAUGGUGGCGGGUGCCCCUUUUAGCAAUCAGGAAAUUUCACUCACUCUGGAUCGCAGUGCCUUUUCUCUUAAGCGCCCUGAUGGCACAGUAGUCGGCAAAGGAUGUGUUAAAGGCAAUCUGUAUGAAGUAGACUUUCUCGACAUCAGUAGUACAACAGCUCCCUGGUACAUUGUCUCGAAUGCUGCUGAACACAUGACCGGCAACCUGCACCUCCUGAGCAACUUCACCCCCACCCAGCCAGGCCGCCCAGUCCGGACGCACACCGGUGGGAUGCUGCAGGUGCGCGGGAAGGGGUCUCUGAGCUCCACCCAGCUCUCCAUUCCCAGCGUCAGCUACGUCCCAGGGCUCACGGAGAACAUCAUCUCAGUGACCCAGCUCACCGACAGCGGCUUCAGUGUCGCGUUCAGUCCCCAUGGCUGCAACAUCACAAGGAACCGCGAUGGGAAGACGGUCGGCUCCGCAUACCAUGCCGGUGGCCAGCUCUACCGACUCGACUACCUCAGGGUUGCUGACAACAAGUAG